CUGAGAGCACAGCUGUUGUUGCGUGCAGUAGUGGAGAGCGCGCUCUGGGGUGAUGUCAAGCCUCGUGCUGCUUGCUGCGCGUUGCCACUGACGGAGCUGGAGCGCCUUGCUUAGUUCUUUGCAUUGCCACUGACGGAGCUGGAGCGCCUUGCUUAGUUUGUUGCAUUGCCACUGACGGAGCUGGAGCGCCUUGCUUAGUUUGUUGCAUUGCCACUGACGGAGCUGGAGCGCCUUGCUUAGUUCGUUGCAUUGCCACUGACGGAGCUGGAGCGCCUUGCUUAGUUCGUUGCAUUGCUGCUAGCGAACGGAAUGUUGUCUCUCUGUCACAACGUCGGUUUCCAUACGACAGCGCUACACUUCCCUUCCCUGCCCGGAGAGGACACCGUGCCAUUACCAUGAGUUGUUUGGAUGUUAUGUACCCAGUCUAUGGACAUUACGCACCGUACGCGCCAGCCACUCCCGCGUUCAUCAACAACUUCCAGGCACCAGUCGGUCUGAGGAGCACCUCUCCUCGCCACAGAGACUUCAUGAUGGAAAGCAGGGGGAUGCAAAGGGGUCCCGGGGGGGUGUCGUCAGGCACCAGCGUGGGCCCCGGCUCUUCCUCUUCUACAUAUCCCUCCGCCAAGCGACCGGAGAAAGGCCCUAAGGAGAAACAGGAAGUCCCCGAGGCUGAGUACCUGACGUCACGUUGCAUCCUCUUCACUUACUACCAGGGGGACAUCAGCAGUGUGGUGGACGAACACUUCUCCAGGGCACUCAGCUCCUACAUGGAAGGAGAGGGCAAGAAGAGGGCGUUGGACCUGGGCACAGACACCCCUUCACCCAGCAGUCGCCACAGCUUCCCCCCAUCCUUCUGGGAUAGCAACUACCCCUCCUCCCAGUGUCGCUCCCGCUGCGAGCCCAGAGCGCCCACCUAUUCCAUGGACCCCUACGCUUCCGGACUCCACCCAGGCCUUCCUCACCCCCACUCACACCUGCACCCAGCAGAGGAGUGGGGCUACGCACAAUGCCAAGCCUACGGGGCCCCCAGGCCCCUCCAUGAACUCUACUCCCCCAGCGGCCUAGAGCCCCACCACCCAUAUGGCCCCCUUCUCAUGCCCGCUGUGCGACCCUCCCACCUGGGCACCCUCCCCGGACAACACCCCUACGAUAUCAGCAAGCUGGACCCCACCGCCCCCUGGCCGGGCCUGCUGCCCCCAGGUGAGAUGGCCAUCAAUAUGGACGCAGGCCUCCAGCAUCACAAGAAAGGGAAGGAGUUGUACUGGUUUUAACAACCCUCCUCCAUCGCCAUCGACCAGCCAUUACCAGAUCCAAUUUGGACCUCUGGAACUCUACCAUUGAAGCGCCCCUUCCUCCCCCUCCUCCCCGUCCCGUCGUCCCUCUUUAUCCCUCACCCACUACCUCCUCGUCUCCCCUCGCCUCCCCCCAGGCCCACAGUGCCAGCUGAGAGGCUCCAGGUCAGUGUGUUUGCACCGUGGAGAUAAGGACUCAUAGGCUGGACUCGUGGAGAGCAGAGCAGAGAAAGAGAGGGACAGAGAGAAAAGGGGUACAGCUUUGGUGACCACUGCUCUGUGUUCUGUGGCGUCUGGCCUCUCCUAUCGCUGCUCGGGGCUCAGCUGUGUGGCUGCGGCAGCAUAGAGAUGGUUGGUGACCACUGCUCUGUGUUCUGUGGCGUCUGGCCUCUCCUAUCGCUGCUCGGGGCUCAGCUGUGUGGCUGCGGCAGCAUAGAGACGGUUGGUGACCACUGCUCUGUGUUCUGUGGCGUCUGGCCUCUCCUAUCGCUGCUCGGGGCUCAGCUGUGUGGCUGCGACAGCAUAGAGACGGUUGGAGUGACCUGGUUUUGACAGAAAGGCAGAGGGGGAGAGACUUCUUUUGGACACUGGGGAGGAAGAAAUAAAGAUGAAUGAUAUCUGGUAGCCCACUGUUACACUACAUCCCCUUACUGCAUAUUAUCUCUGUGUUGACACUGUAUUCAUCCUCAUCCUGAUCAUCUGCAUGUGAACAAAUGGACAUGCGACCAUCGGUCUGGCUGUGUAUGGAUUUGCAUUGUGACUGUAAUCAUAAUGCUGUUCGUUUUUUUUGUUUUAGUUUUUUAAAUGUGCAUUUCUGAAAUGAAAUCUUCAUUUGGCCAGCGCUCUGGAAAUACUUUAGUUGUGCUUUCUUAAAAGAUGGCUGAGGUACAGAAGAGAAAUGAUUGAAGAAUGGUUGAGGGAGGUGACCAUGAUGGUGAUGAUAGUAUUGGUUUGUAUAUGAACUAAUAUUUUAGUUAGAGGAAGGGAAACACUUCGGUAAGUCAACAACAUCAAUCAGCCCAGCAUAUCAAACUGCUGAUCCAGUAUUUCAUCAUUGUAACGUGUUCCGUUGAUGUAACUGUCGUUUGUUUAUACAUGCCAUUUUUUGUCGUUUUAAAAGUCGGAUCUUAGUGUGUCCUUUCUCUUGCUUUUGUCAAGAAAUAAUAUAAUUAUCAAUAAAUAUUUUUAUGGUAAAUUCAGA